UCACGCUUUCUGGUCCCGACGUCCACGACGGCAAGAACGACAACAACAACGGCCGUAGCGACGCGUCGAUCUGCUCGGGAACGCUCGUUACCUUAGUAGUCUGUUGACCUGGUUAUGUCCUGACACGAACAGCUUUAUUUAUUCAACGACACGACAAGCAUGCCUACAGGAACUCCUUAUAACGCGUUCAUCCACCCUUAUUCUAUUCGCGUGGAUGACUUUUCUGCUCCUGACAAUCUUCAUACGAAAGCAGCUUUGCAUCUGCUCUCCCAUACUCACGCCGACCAUAUCAACGGACUUUCGUCAAAGUCAUUCGCGUCCACCGUGAUCUGCUCGCACGAUGCCAAAGAAAUGCUUCUGCGUCAUGAAGUGUACUCGGAAAGAGCACUAAAGGCGAUGGACAUCAGGGCAGAGAAUGUGAGAACAUUUCAGCAUUUAAAGGUGCAGCCCCGGAUGAUGGAGGAUGGAACGCUGCAUUACACUGGUUCCCGAGACUUGCUGAAAACCAUCCCCCUCAAUACCCCUACUCAAUAUGAACUAUCAGAUGAUAACAAUGUGAUCAUCACCCUGUUGGACGCAAACCAUUGUCCUGGCGCGGUCAUGUUUCUUGUUGAAGGUGAAAAGGGGGCAGUCCUACACACCGGAGACUUUCGUGCGGAACCAUGGUUUCUCGACUCCCUCAAGAGGAAUCCAUAUCUUCAGCAGUAUGUUGCGCCACCUUCGCUACGACCACGUCACGGCCCCGGAUCCUGUUCAGCCAGCCGAGGUAUCACAAAAACCUUGGAUGCGAUUUACCUCGAUACAGCAUGUAUGUUUGGAACAGAAGAUGUGCCUUCAAAGGAUGAAGCUUGUAAUGGUUUGAUGUCGUUAAUGGCGCUCAUUCCAGACUCUUCUCUCUUUUUCAUCAAUUCUUGGACAUGGGGUUACGAAGACGUGUUGAAAGCCGUAGCCCGCACUUUUCAAACCAAGAUUCAUGUCGACCGUUACAAACAUAACGUCUACUCGCAUCUUUCCGGAGAGCCUUUCCUGCGUGAGAUUCUCACCCGGGACCCAGCUUCUACUCGAUUUCAUGCAUGUGAACGGUUUGACCGCUGCGAUCGUGUAAAGGUGGAGGGUGGUGUCUCGCACACCGCUGACGGAAAACACGUCGUAUACGUGAACCCUGUCACCAUGAGUACUUCCGCCUGGAAUGCGUACCUGAAAGAGACCAUGGCCCAGCUACAGAGGGGUGAACCCGUGAACGUACUUCUUGUUGCGCUUUCGCGUCAUUCUCCUUUACCUGAGCUUCGCGAUUUUGUCUCCUUGUUCAAGCCUAAACGCGUGGUACCUAAUACCCUCAAUCCCGCGUUAGGAGGGCUCGAUUGGGCUUGCAUCCAAGGAAUGUUUGCAGGUUGUUUCUCGCACUCGACGCAAUUGUUCGCACCCAAUAUCCCGCUAUCCCCUGAAAUCGAUAGUACGAUAUUCGAGUCAGAUGUCGAUGUGGCACUAUCCAAUUUGGAAGGCAAUGGUGCGCUCGAGAUCGCAGAGCGUUGGGCAGACAACGGGAAGCUUCGCAAGAAGUUAAAGCUCAUGCGUCAGUACCUGCAAGGCCCCGAAUUGGGACUUGUGGAAGGUAUAAUGGGAGGUAAAUCACCGAAUCCUCUGGACGAAUCGCCGGUGGAAGUUGUUUGGGCCGGCCACGAAAGUCUUCAAGCGGAGGUGUUCACCCAAAGAUCGAAGGCGGUAACCAUGGAAUCCGAGAAACGCGAGAAGCAAGUAAUUGGAAAAGCAUCUUUCCAAGAAACUGCUGCUGCCAUGGCUCGCCUGCGGACGCCGGCAUACUAUGUCGACAGCGAUGAGGAGACGGAAGAUCAUGAGCACGAGCAUGCAAGGGCCGCUGAGCUUUACUUUCUCAGCCCCUCUUCUCGACGAUACUUAGGUCCCAGUUCAUCACCCUCUCGUCCUCUCAGUUCUCCAGCGCAGAAGGAGAACAUAAGGGAGGCUCCUAGCAAUUCUAGUGUAGAAGAUGCCAAUCCACAUGCUGGGGUUACGCCGCCGUUUCCGUUGACGCCCCAGUCACGAUACGCUUCCCAGGAAGAGGUACGGAUAAAAGCCGUAUCUCUGCUCACCUCUUUGACCCAACACCCACCGCAGCGGAAUAGUCAAGGCACCGGUUCCUCAUCGCGACGAGUAGGUUUGCCGCGUACUCCACAACGUCUACAGGUCAUGCCCCUCGGAUCCCCUAUCAAGUUACGCACAGCCAUUUCUCGAGGUUGUGCCAGUACUAGUAGGAAGACACGUCCAAUGGUACUCCCUCAAACGCAGAUAUCUCAGUCUGUUGGUCCUCACUCUCGACAUAGCCAGUCGUCACAAGGUUCUGGUCUAUUGUUCCCACUUAUUCCUAUUCAAAAUCUUGGGAAGAGAAAGUUGACGGACGCACGAGAAACGUCAUGGCAAGAUGCGAGAACACCGAAGAAACGAAAGGUGGAGGAAGAAAACCCUUCAUUCUCCGCCACUUUCAAAGUCCUUCGAUGCGACGAUCCUUUUCUUGAAGAACCGGGACGACCUCUUAGCAACAUCGCUCGGAGUGUCAAUGGCACAAAGACGCCGCAUAACUACAGCGAAACCUCAGGACAUUCGCCUGCUACCCACGUCGAUGCAACCUCCUAUACUAGUUUGAAGAAGCUUGUUCUUCAGACACCUCAACGUGGACAUAAGCGAAAACGAGACAAGAUCUCUGACAUGCUCGUCGCAGCCUGUCCGGACAUGGUUGCUGGUUCUUACCAAGCCAAACUGGAGCGCCGGCAAACCAAAAAGCGACGACCACUGCAAAUGACAAGAACUGAACCCGUCAUCCCCGUAGUAAAGGAACCUCUUGCUGUCCGUCUGCUGCGUCCACAAGUCACUCAAGUGAAUGAGGAAGCGCAAGUGGAUCCUGAUCGUGUAGCACAGUUGACAGGUGCCUAUCGAGCGAGGAUCGCAAACGGUAUAAGGCCCGGUCUAGCGAUUCCCCAGUUAUCGUGCCUGGAGAGUCAGGAAGAAGAAACCUCAUAGCCUACCUUGAAUGUGUCCAUCCGUGAUGUCAUUCUCAAACCGGGACUAUUUGCCUGUCCCUCUUACUGUAUAGUGAUCCGUUUAUACUGCUGUCAAUUUCAAUUCGUAACAACAUAUCGAAGGAGCACAAUUCAGUGCGUCCCACCGCUGUCUUCUGAUCACAUCAGGAAAACAUUCUUUCUGACUUGGGUCCCUUGAUACGAGAUGACGGGUUUGUACCCCAGGACACGCUUUAUUCAAUGGCCGAUGGUUCUUACGGUAAGUAAGACAUGGGUCGACGGUAAGAACUGCACAGCGGAGAAUUUGGCCCGUGUUGCUGCUGAGGCCUGACCCUCGAUGCGCAGCAACUGUUAUGUGUAGGUUAGCACCUGGGCUCUGGAGACUCAGGGUCGAGAGAGCGUUUCUGAUAUCUAAUUACUCUCAUCAGUAUUCCAUCUAUAUUCCGUCAUGUCCAGGGUCAAACGCAUCUUGGAAGCUGAAUAUUCUCUUGAAGAGGACGCCUACUUGAUGGCGGUUAGUCAUUAGUCAUGCGAUAUGGACCCUGCAAGACCCUGCAGCCUUGUCGGAUCACGCCCUGACCUUCGUCACCGUUCAGGAUUCAUGAUGCGCACGAUAGGACCUUAAGUGAUGUCCG